AUGCUUAUAGUUGGCACACUACUGAAUGAAUCAUAUCUAGAAGAAAUCAACGAUUCUAUCGGAUUUGUUCGUUUAAAAUGGAAUUUUAAGUUAAAAUUACCCCGUGACGGUGACUAUGUGGAUGGAAUGAAAAUCAAAGAGAUAAUUGCUGAAAAAGAACAAGAACGAGCAUCUGAUAAAUAUUUGUCAAGUAUUGGGAAUAUAUUUGUAUCUAAACCAUUGUUAGAACAAGCAGCCAUACGGCUUCGGAUUUCUUCUGAACUUGAUCUGACAAAUUUCGAUCUUAAAGUAAUGACAAUGCAAACUACUACUGAAUUAUAUAAACUACCAUAUCAUCUGUGGAAAAAUACUCUAUUAACUGUUCACAAAGAAAUGACCGAGAAAGCAGAUACUCAUUCAGAAUGGUUCAAUACUCAACUAGAAAUGAAAACAGAGCCAACCCCGUAUUCAUCGAAUCAACUAUUUUCUAUAUGUUUGUAUCCAGCAUUUGGUAUUCCAUUACCGCGAGAUGUGGCUGAAAAAGCUGAUAGUCUAUUAAAAUUUUAUGAAUUAGUUAAACCACUGUUAUUUUCCAUGAAAUAUUUCAAAUCAACAUUCUGUUCAAGUGAUCAACAUCCUUUUUAUGAGCAUGCAGACAUUGAUCGUGUUCCAUGCGUGUGUUUGAAGUUUCAGCCCGUCAUACUCGAAUGGUUUCUCCAACGAUGCACAAUGAAUCCAAGACUAAAUUAUAAUGAACAAUGUAAAGUUUAUCUAGUCCCUAAAUGUAGCCAUAAACUAUCUUCAAUAGCCAAACAUGAAUUUCGUUAUUCAUUUUCAAUUAUUGAAAAACAUCUUGCAAUAAAUCGUCGACCAAUGGAAAAACUAUUGAAUUCUUUAGCAAGAAAAGUUUAUUAA